CAGCUGUAUGAGACUGGCUCCAUCUCUCCUCGCCGCCGUUUGCAUCGCCGCCGUCUUCGCGGUGUCCGCAGCUCACGAGGUGGACAUGCUCGACACGGAGACGGUGCAGGGAGACCUCGGCUGGGUCGCCUUCCCUCCUGACGGGUGGCAGCCCGCGAGUGGCCAAGGCCCCCGGCGCUUGUACCAGGCGCAGUGCGGCCCCGCCGCGCCCCGCCAGGACAAGUGGCUGCGCACCGACUGGGUCCCGCGUGGCGACGCUCUCCGCGUCUUCCUCGAGGUCCGCUUCCGUUUCCGUCGCCGCUGCCCCCGGGGCCUCCCUCUCCUCCUCCCCCCCACCGCCACCACCGCCACCACCGCCACCUCGGACGAUGCCGGGGACGUCCCCGCCGGCGUCUUCGCGGACGACGAGCGGCGGCUCUUCUCCAAGGUCGACUCGGUCGGCUGGGACAGGUCGGAGGUCGGGGAGACCACGGCGUCGUGCAACGUGGGGCCCCUCUCCCGGGGCGGCCUCCGCCUGGCGUUCCGCGACACGGGGGCCUGCGCCCGGCUGCUGUCCGUGCGACUCUUCCACAGGCGCUGCCCGGCGCUGGCGCUCGGACUCGCCGUGUUCCCCGACGCGCCAGCCGCCGGCGACGGGCGGUGGGCGCUGUCGGAGGUGGCCGGGGCGUGCGUGGGCCACUCGCUCCGGGCCCAGGGGGAGCCGGGCCCGGCGAUGCUCUGUGACGCUGACGGCGAGUGGGCGAGCCUCAGCGGGAGCUGCGUCUGCCGUGCCGGGUACCAGCAGGCGGGGAAUGCCUGCCGAGCGUGUGAGCAGGGCUGGUACAAGGAGACGGCGGGGGACGGCUCCUGCUCCCCGUGCCCGCCGCACAGCGCGGGGAGCGCUGGCGGGGCCACGUCCUGCGCCUGCCACGACGGGUACUUCAGGCCCAGAGACGAGGCCCAGUCUGUUGCCUGCGCAAAGCCUCCGUCUGCCCCCACGGACGUCACGUGGACGGCGCUCACCGCCACUUCGCUGACGCUCCGGUGGCGCCCGCCGGCGGCUCCCGGCGGGCGCCCCGACCUCGCCUACUCCGUCCAGUGCCACCGCCACCGCCGCCGCCUCCGGCAGGAGCAGCAGCAGCAGCAGGAGCAGCAGCAGCAGCCAGCGCCGUGCGGGGCGGCCGUGAGGUUCCGGCCUCCGCCGGUGCCACUGCCGCUGCCCAACGGCUCGUGCUGCUGGGCGGAGGUGAGCGGCCUGCAGGAGAACGCCGCCUACACGCUGGAGGUGCACGCCACCAACGGAGUGUCCAGCCUCAGCGGAGGCCCGUCGCUGUUCGCCGCCGUGAACGUCAGCACCUCCGUGGCGCCCCCGUCCCCCGUGGUGCGUGUCCAGGCGGGGAUCGUCUCGGAAGACUCCGUCCUGGUGACCUGGCUCGAGCCAGAGCAGCCCAACGGCUUCAUUCUGGACUACGAAGUCACAUGCUACGAAGAG